AUGGACAGUAGAGACAAAUCCCAAUUUCCUGCACGCCAAGCAGCUUCAAACUACAAACAGAGAAAAAAUCAAGCAUAUGAAGUUACAGUUGUAAACAUAGCGGUCACUUACAAGCAAGUAACAAGCAAUGCGUUAGAAAAUGAUUGUUAUAGUGAUCUAUUGCGGUCGGUUUCAAUCCCUGAUGGGCUAGAACCAUGGGAGGACAGGACUGAAAUUUGUAAAUUGACCCUAUCAAUAUUACAAACUAUGCCUGGCAAACUGGAAGAACUUAUAGUGACAAUUAACAAAGAAGACAACAAUAAAAUGUCAUGUAUUAUUGCUGAUGAUUGCAUGGGAUGGGCCAUAAAAGUCGCAAAGAAGAUGGGAAUUAGCAGAGCAGCCGUCUGGCCAGCCACAUUUCCUAUGCUAACUUCCAUGUUGAGCUGUCAGAAAUUGAUUGAUGGUGGAAUCAUUAACAACAAUGGCAUACCUCUAAUUCAGCAUAUGAUUAAGCUAUCAGAAACGAUGCCACUUAUAAAACCAACCAACCUCUGGUGGACGCGCUUUGAGGACUUGCCCACUUCAGAAGCUUUCUUUGAAGUUGUAAAAGAAGCAGCUGAAGCUUCCAGAUUGACGGAGUGGCAUUUAUGCAGAUCAACUACUGAGCUGGAGCCUGGAGCACUUUGCUAG